AUGUACCCGUUUGCGGAUCGCGGAUGGGUAAUGGAUAAAUUAUAUUCGUCAUGGUAUCCGUGUAGCGAACCCGCUAUACCUUGUGUGAACGGACAUAUAACAUGUUCCUCCUGCUGCUCCAAGGUUAAGAGCAAAUGUCCGUUUUGUUGCAUGCCGAUUGGUAUGAGCCGUUGCCGAGGUCUUGAGAAGCUCAUCGGUUCAAUCUUUAUAUCAUGCAAAUAUGCUAAGAAUGGUUGUGAAUUGAGAACCCCUUACAGUAACAAGAACGGGCAUGAGCAACUGUGUUCUUAUGUCACUUGCUUUUGCCCUCAACCGUCAUGUUCCAUUACUUGUUCUCCCAAGAGUUUGUAUCUCCACUUUGUCAGCGCUCACGCUCAAUCCACCACCCUUUUUACCUAUAAUACCACCUUCCCUGUUUCUAUAGAAAUGAACCAGAAGCAAAUGUUCCUUCAAGAACAAGAUAAAGGUGUUGUAUUUGUCCUCAUCAAUCAUGAAGUUCAACAUGGACGAGCUUUCUAUCUUGUCUGCAUUGGCCUAAGUAUAUUGAAAACUAAGUUUGUAUAUCAACUCACUGCUGAAGCCACGGAUACAACUCUUUCAUUGAAUUCUGUACCAGCUGUAUACACAAGCUUGUCCAAAGAUACCCCCAUAAAGAAUUACCUAACAAUACCAUCCGAGUUUGCGGGUAGCGAUGGGCUCCUUUCCUUAUCUCUCUCCAUAAAUAAAGUAUCCGAGCUUGACGUGGAGGUCAUUCAGCCUUGGGACUAUGAUCCGGAUGCUGACAAAGUUCUGAAGGUGGUGCUUACUGAUCCUGACAUAUUUGAUUGCUCAAUUUGUCUUACCCCAUUAUUCACCCCCAUCUUCCAGUGUGAGAACGGCCAUCUAGCAUGCUCCUUGUGUUGUUCCAUGCUGAAGAGUAAAUGUUCCUCUUGCUGUUUCAUUGAACCAAUCAGUAAAAUAUCAUGCAGAAAUGCUAAGAAUGGUUGCAAAAAGGCUUUGCGUUACAGUAAGAAGAGUAAACAUGAACAAAAAUGUCCCCAUGCCACAUGCUAUUGCCCUUACCCAUCAUGUCCCUUUGCUGGUUGUUACGAGAACCUGUACCUCCACUUUGGCAUCCGACAUGCCGCUUUUAUCACCCGCUUUACCUACAAUACCACCUUCUCUAUAUGUGUAGACAUAAAUCAGAAGCACAUAUAUCUUCAAGAACAAAAGGGAACUGCCAUCUUCAUUCUCACUCAUGAAGUUCGAGAAGAUGGAUUAUAUUUUUAUAUUGAUUGUGUUGGCACAAGUGCAAUGAAAAAUAAAUAUGUAUAUCAGCUGGAGGCCAAUAGCAUGGAGCCAUGUUGCUCAUUGAAAUCUGUACCAGAGGUGCAUUCAAAGUGGUCCGAACAUUCUCAUAGAGAGAUUUACCUAAAAGUUCCAUUUGAGCUUGUGGGUUACAAUGGGAUUCUGUCCCUAUCUAUCUGCAUAACAGAAGGAUUUGAAGUGGAAGAAUGGAUCUUUUUUCGAGAUGAUUGAUAGCUAUUUUGGGAACACAAGUCUGUAAUGACCUAAUUCGAUUUGUUCCAAGGGGACAAAUAGUAAUUUUGGGUUCAUUUACUACAUUCUCGCAGACGAUUUGGUGGAUAAAGAAGGGAACAUAUUUAACUUGAAUAUUAAACGUUGGAAGCAUAUGCAAACCAUCAAGAGCAGAACGCUACAUUUAUUUUGUCAAAUGUUCUUUCUUUUGUAUUCUCCUUAUCAGAUAUUUUAACAGGGACGAAUUUAGAUCUCUCUGAAGAUGUAUAUGAAAGUGGUUUCACAUAUGUGCUAAAGUUAUGGUUUUGAAUGGUUCUUUUAGUUGAUUAUU